AUGAAGCUUGAAUUUACCGAAUUUGAUAAAUUGAAAAACAAGUAUUUAGAAGGUGAUAUUAAGAAUUUAGCAAAUAAGGGUGUUUUAGAUUUGGCAAUUUCUGUAUUUUUAAAUUGGUAUGAGUAUAUUCAAGAUUUCUGUGAAUCUUAUUGUAAUACAGUACCAGGUGAGAAUGCAAAAUAUUUUGCUGAAAUUGAUUUUUUAAAAAUGUUGGAAGAGCAUAUAGAUAGAAUUAAUUUAUUAUUGGGAUUUAUUAAAAGUGAUAAUCUUAAACAUUCUGAUGAUAUACUUAUUAAUGAUAAGAAGAUUUCAAUAUUUGAUGAUUUAAAAAAAGAAGUUCAAAAAAGUUUUAUUAAAUUAUUAAAGUAUGAUGUUGAUGUUUUAAAAAUUGAAUCAAAAGUUUUAAUUGAUUUGCAGGAUGAAAUCAAUAAAAGUAUAAUGUCUAUCGAAUUUAAAAUUAUUGAAAUUGGAUGA